CGUCAUUGACUGAAACAACCUACUGGUAGGGGAGACGCUUGAAGUACUCCCAAAGCACUUGAAAUGGAGGCUCCCGAAGGCUACUGUGCUAGUAACGGCCAAUGUUCUCCCGGUAAGGAGAACUCAAGAAUGUUGGUGGGUGCGUCAACACCUAAUGGACGGACAGUACCUCAGGAUCCUAAUUCCCCCAGUGAUUUAAAAAUCAAACAGGAGGAAGAAACAGCGGAAGAGGCUGACACCAGAAGCCCAGCAGAAAUAGGCCAAACAGGGGAGGAAGGAGUAGCAUUGGAGGACUCCAUGACUGACAGCCCAAGCAAUGUACAGGAUGGAUUAUCUGAGCCGAACGCGACAGCUGAUUUAGAAAGUCGACAAACACACGGUGACAGGCCGUUCCAGUGCAACCAGUGUGGCGUUUCAUUUACCCAGAAGGGAAACCUGCUAAGACACAUCAAGCUUCAUACAGGUGAAAAACCCUUCAAAUGCCCCUUCUGCAGCUACGCCUGCCGGCGGCGCGAUGCCCUCAGCGGGCAUUUGCGCACACAUGCUGUUGGCAAACCACACAAGUGUAACUACUGUGGCCGGAGCUACAAACAGCGCACUUCUCUGGAGGAGCAUAAAGAGCGCUGUCAUAGUUACCUGCACGGCAUCGGCUUGGAUCUGAACGCCAACACUGGCCCUUACACAGGUGAGGUGCCUAAAGACCCAAGGCCCAUGGCGGAGCCCAACACCAUGGCUACCUUUGAUCGGCCACCUGUUAUUGAAAGGCUGCACAGCAACGUGGGCAAGAGGAAGAGCACCACGCCUCAGAAAUUUGUGGGCGAAAAGAUGGCACGCUACAGCUACCCUGAACUAGGCUAUGAGAUGGGCCUUAAGUAUGAGAAGCAGGCUGAACUGAUGUCAGCCCACAUGAUGGACCAGGCCAUCAGCAAUGCCAUCACAUACCUGGGAUCGGACUCUCUUCGGCCCAUGCUCCAUCAUCCAGGUCCCCCUCUCUCUAUGGCUGACGUGGUGCCCAUGGUCAACCCCCUCUUCCACCAUGUCCUGCCAAUGGGCCAACGCACAGAUCAUCCAAGAAACUGUGAUACGCUGCCACCUCAGCAUCCUCAGCCCCUUCAGCCCCACGAAUUCCCCAGCCAUCCCACCACAAAUGGACCGACUGCUUUAACAAGGUUUGGCAAGCUGCGACAUCCAGGGCAAGAAUCUCCCAACAACAACAACAACAACAACAGUGGAGUCGAUUCUGCUGACUCAGCUCGCAGCAGCCCUCAUGAGAGGCAGGGCCACCAUGGGAGCAACCCCAUUCCCGGCCUCAGGUCUCGAGCCAGUCCAGCGGUGGGCUAUUCAGGUGAGCGGGUGACAGAAGCGUCACCCAGAAGCGGGGCAGGAAUGGGGACUGGGACAAUGCGAGUGGCCACAGAGAAGCCUCUGAGCCAGGACGGGGUUCGGGUGUUUGGACGAGAGGGCCAGGAGUUACGGGCCUACCAGUGUGAGCACUGUCGGGUGCUCUUCCUGGACCAUGUCAUGUACACCAUCCACAUGGGUUGCCAUGGAUACAGAGAUCCAUUGGAGUGCAACAUCUGUGGUCACCGCAGCAAAGACAGCUAUGAGUUCUCCUCUCACAUAGUCCGUGGUGAACACACCAUCCAGUAA